CGGCUUAGAGCAUCAGCACUCGCAACUCUUCAGUCCGACCAGCCUCCAGUCUACAUUCAGCGAGUUCAGCCCAUAUAACCACCAUGAGCGCCAGAUCCUUCAUCGUCGGUCUUGCCGCCCUCUCCAUCGUCUCUGCCGCGCCUGUCGCUCAAUGGGACGAGACCGAUACUGCCGACAUCGUUGGUGGCGUUCCUGCCGUAGCUGGCGACUUUCCAUUCAUCAUCAGCCUGCAGAAGAAUGGUGCCCACUUCUGCGGUGGCUCUCUCCUGGAUUCAACUACUGUUCUGACUGCCGCUCAUUGCGCUGAUGGCCAAACCACCACCGGUCUCACUAUUCGCGCUGGCUCACUGAACCGCAAUUCCGGUGGCGUUACAUCUUCAGUGGCUUCGCUCCAUGUCCACCCCGAAUACAACGCCGACACUGUCGAUAAGGAUGUUGCGAUUCUGAAGCUCCGCACUGCCAUUCCCGAGAGCUCUACCAUCAAAUACGCCAUUCUGGCUGCCUCAGGUUCCGACCCUGCCGUCAACACAGUAGCUAGGACCGCUGGCUGGGGUGCAACCCAGAACUCUGCGGAAUCAACCGUCAACCUUCGCAAGGUCGACGUUCCUAUCGUUAGCCGCGCUCAGUGCAUCGCCGAUUACCUCUUGGACACGCCACCCAAGGACGUCACCACAAACAUGUUCUGUGCCGGUCUCGAUGCUGGCGGCAAGGACUCCUGCCAGGGUGACUCCGGUGGUCCUAUCGUUGACGCUAGCACUGGCACCCUGAUCGGUGCUGUCAGCUGGGGUACUGGAUGUGCACUUGCUGCUUUUCCUGGUGUGUAUGCUCGCAUUGGUGCUCUUAGAAGCUUCAUCGAUCAGUUCUGAGUGUGCGAUUCGUUUGGAUUCUAUGCUCCGGUUUUAUUGCGCCGGGGCUGAAAAGAGCUUUAGCUGGCUUUCUAUCUAUUGUGCUUUACCGCAGAGACGAAUAGAGUGAACUUUUACUUUUCUCACAAUGUACGCAUUUAGUAUAUGUGAGCUUCUGAAGUGUGUUGAAGGUGAUCAAGAUUCGUGCUGAAGCUUCCCACUCAAGAACUCGAGGCCGCUGUCAUUAUUGAAU